AUGUCUCGAGAAGAUUUUCAGCCGAUUACUGUCAUAUUAGAUGAAACAAACUAUAAUCACUGGUCUUUUCUUAUGAAGAGCUUUCUCAAGGGAAGAAGCAUGUGGAAAUAUGUAGAUGGAACAGAAAAAGCUCCAACAGCAGGCACCUCUGGUGUCAGAGAGAAAGACAAAGAAGGUACAACAGUUGACGCCAAAGAAUCUUGGGAAGUUAACAAUCAUAAGAUCCUCACAUGGAUUAGUAACACUAUAAUCACCUCAAUCAGUAUGCAACUCACCACCUUUGAAGUCGCCAAGGAGGCAUCGGGUUUUCUGCAGAAAAGGUAUACACAAAUCAACUUUGCUCAACGAUAUAAACUUGAACAAGAUAUUCGUGCUAUGCAACAAAAUGAUCAAUCGAUUUCUGACUUCCACUCUAAGAUGUCUUUAAUUUGGAACCAACUGGCUAUGGAACCAAAAUUUACUGUUGAUUUGGCAUUAUGGGAUAAACAUAGAGAAGAAACACGGCUAGUACAACUCUUGAUGACAUUAAGAGAAGAGUUUGAAGUUGUGAGAGAUGUUAUUCUUCAUCGUUCACCCUUACCAACUGUUGAAGCCGCCUUGUCCAAACUUAUUGAUGAAGAAACGCGCAAACGUGUCAACUCGAAGAUCUCAGGAGUGUUUGCAACGCCAUCCAUUCGACCAAACUUCAACAAUCAGAGGAACAGUUUGCCUAUCCCAAUGCCAUCAACACAACGUGACUUGUCUCAGGUCUAA